AUGAGCUCCGACGGCGAGAAGGUCCGUACCUCCGGUGAGGUCGUGCGCGAGCAGACUCUCCCCACGGUCAAUCCAGCUGCUCAGCAGUCUGAACCCAAGGCCGCUCUCCACCCCGCAGUCUACGUGAGUGUCUGGAUCACUCUCAGUUCCAGUGUCAUCUUGUUCAACAAGUACCUCCUUGACUAUGCCAACUUCCCGAUUAUCCUCACAACAUGGCACUUGACCUUCGCGACUAUUAUGACCCAGAUCCUGGCUCGGACUACUACUGUCCUCGAUGGCCGUAAGACUGUCAAGAUGACCGGCCGUGUCUACCUCCGCGCGAUCGUUCCCAUCGGACUGAUGUUCAGUUUGUCCUUGAUCUGUGGUAACAUGACAUAUCUAUACUUGAGUGUUGCUUUCAUUCAAAUGCUGAAGGCUACUACUCCCGUCGCUGUCCUCCUGGCUACUUGGGGUAUGGGUAUGGCUCCCGUCAACUACAAGACCCUCGCGAACGUCUCAAUCAUCGUUGUUGGUGUGGUCAUCGCUUCGUUCGGUGAGAUUAAGUUCGUCAUGGUCGGUUUCCUCUUCCAGCUGGGUGGUAUUGUCUUCGAGGCCACUCGUCUGGUCAUGGUGCAGCGUCUUCUGAGCUCCGCCGAGUUCAAGAUGGACCCUAUGGUUUCUCUGUACUACUUUGCUCCCAUUUGCGCCGUCAUGAACGGUUCAGUUGCUCUGUUCCUGGAGGUUCCCCGUGUGACCAUGGAGCAGAUCUAUGGCGUCGGUAUCUGGAUCCUGAUCGCCAACGCUAUGAUCGCUUUCUUGCUGAACGUCUCGGUUGUCUUCUUGAUUGGCAAGACUUCUUCUCUGGUCAUGACCCUGUGUGGUGUCUUGAAGGAUAUUCUCCUCGUAGCCGCCUCAAUGAUGCUCUGGAACACCCCGGUCACUCCUCUCCAGUUCUUCGGUUACUCCAUUGCUCUCAUUGGUCUUGUCUACUACAAGCUUGGUGGUGACAAGAUCCGCGAGUACACUGGCCAGGCCAACCGUGCCUGGGCUGAGUAUGGCAACACCCACCCCGCCCAGCGCAAGUUCAUCAUCUUUGGUGCCGCGGCCCUGAUCCUCUUCCUCUUCAUUGGUUCUAUCGCCCCCAGCUACGCCCCUGAGUCCGUUGAUCGUGUGAAGGGCAUGCUUGGCGGUGCUACACCUGCCAACUAA